AUGCAAGCCAUCCACUCUAGACUUGGAAAAAUGGAGACCAUGUAUGAGCGUUUUAAGAUCAAGAAGCAAGGAGAUCACGUAGUUCUAUUGUUCCACGACGCCGACGAGGGCGAUGAAGGUGGGGAAUUCGGUUACCUGCGCUCUGCCGUUGGCAAGACGCUUGCACCACUCCUAGCUAUGCCACAAGUUAAGUUUGAACCCAUAGGGCAAGCAUCAAAUCUCAAAGGUAUAAUAGGAAGAGCGAACAAGGCAUCUGAGGCUAUUGCGAAAGUUGAUAUCAACCUGUAUGGACCGCAGUUUGCUGCAAAGGAAGUUGGUGACAUGCUAUCCCACGGUAAACUAUGGCUACAGAAAUCAACUCAUAUGAAGCGUGGUGUAACUUACGAUAACCCCCACUUCUUACGUCUCGAAAUUGGUGGAGUUCCAAUACAGUGCACACAGCCAGUAACCCAAACUCGCAAUGAGGGUCCUACGGGUAAGAAGAAGCGAGAAGAACGGCUACAAAAGAUGGUUGAGGAAGUAUAUAAGUCUCUCGACCGUUCUCGAGAUCUGGACAUGGUGGAUGGCGGAGACAGGGUCACCCAAGAGCUUCUCAAGCAUCAACAAGAAGCUCUUGGCUUCAUGUUAGAAAGAGAAACAGGCCAUAUAAAUGAUAAAUAUAGGCUUUGGGAGACGAAAGUACUCGAUGAUGGAACUGAGAAAUAUCGUCACAGAAUUACCAAAACGGAGAUUAAGAAUGGCAUACAGCCAGACGAAAGAGGAGGAGGCAUUCUAGCCGAUGAGAUGGGCAUGGGCAAGUCCCUAUCCAUCCUGGCUCUGAUAAUGAAGACUCUAGAUGAUGGAAAAGAGUGGGUUAAACAACAAGAAAAUAGCGCUACUGCUGAAGAGGGAAUUCUGAAGCGAUCACGAUCUACCCUUGUAAUUGUGCCAUCUGCACUUCUUGUAUACAAUUGGAUAAAUGAAAUCAACACGCACUUGAAAGAGGGAGUCAAGACAAUUAAAUACCACGGCCCUGAUAGAACUAAGAAACUGAGCAAGGUCUUAAACUCAGACAUUGUUGUGACUACUUACAGCACUCUCAAGGCUGAAUUUCAGAACAAGUCGACAAAAUCACUCCUCCAUUGUAUUGACUGGUAUAGAAUCGUUUUGGACGAAGCCCACAUAAUACGACGCCGAGCCACUUUAUUCUACCGCUCUUGUGAUGAGCUCCAUGCCAACUCGAGGUGGUGUCUUACAGGAACGCCUAUUCAGAAUAAGCUUGCGGAUAUUGGCACGCUCUUUGCAUUCAUCCGCGCUGAGCCUUUCUCCAAGGCUGCAGUAUUUCGCAGAUGGAUUGAAGUGCCCUUUGAACAGAGCACUGACGACUCUGCUAUAGCGACUGCUGUUAAAGACCGCCUUGUUAUGCUUAUUGAAGCCCUUUGUUUAAGACGCACAAAAGACGUGAUCAAACUACCAGGGUUACGAUCCUAUUUGCGUGAACUAGAAUUCACUCCCGAAGAGCGCAAGCAAUACGAGAAUACGAAGAAAAUCUUGAUGCGCAUGAUCUGCCACCGUGUAGGUGAAGUGGAUAAGAGCUCACAUUUUGGGCUCUUCCAGAUGAACUUGCAAAUGCGCCUCUUGUGCAAUCACGGUACAUAUCAGCAGCCAUUCUCUUGGCGCCGCCGCAGCUAUCAGGAUGAGCGAGAAGCUGCCAUUUCUGCCCUCGGCCAUAAUAGUGAAAUUAGUUGCUCAGGUUGCCAGUCACCCAUGCCAAUUUUGGGUUCUAGCUGGCUUCGCAGCGACUAUAAUAAGCAUUGCAACCAUGUGUUAUGCUCUGAAUGCCUCAAUGAAUCGGGCAGGCUAGCGAAGUGUCCUGUAUGUGUGUUAACUCUUGGGCCCGAUAUGAUGGGAAGCAAUGUAUCGAAUAGCGAAGACGUCCCCGAUUGGCCCGCUCAGGGCAAUAUUGGAAACAAUGAUGAUUAUUAUUUCCACAAGGAGGGCCAUUCAACAAAAAUGAAAGCACUGAUUAAAGAUGUUGAGAAAGACUUGAACGAGACAAAAAGCAUUAUUUUCUCAUGUUGGACCAGAACGCUCAAAUUAUUAUCCCGGUAUCUGGAAGAAGCUGGAAUUCAAUACCUCUGUAUUGACGGUAGCUCUUCUCUUUCACAGCGGCAAACCAAACUCGACCAGUUUGCAACUGAUGAUGAAAAGCGAGUUCUCAUUAUGACGACUGGAACUGGAGGAUUUGGACUCAAUCUCACCUGUGCCAAUCGCAUCUUCAUUGUAGAAUUACAGUGGAAUCCCGGCGUAGAGGCCCAGGCUAUCGCGCGCGCUAUUCGACUUGGGCAGAAAAGCGAAGUCAGCGUGACACGCUACCUGAUCAAGGGUACCGUUGAAGAAGAAAUGAGAUCCCAGCAGCGAUACAAAAAGCAACUUGCUGCUUUAGGAUUCGAUGAGCUACCCGAUGCUGACGAUCACACAGUUUUAAACAGCUACGUAGCAAAUAUGCAAAUGAUAUCUUAG